AACCUUCAAUAAAUAAACCACCAAACCAAACAAAACACACACUCCACGUCUCUCUUGAAAAAUCCAGAGAAUUUUCCGGCCAGGAAGCCAUGACGGCCGGCGAGGUCAAGAGAGUGAAAGAGGUAGCAAAAUCCACGUCAGUGUCAAUGACUCCGGUGAGGCCAGGGAAAACUUACCCACUGUCACCGCUAGACCACGCCAUGGCUGCGCACACGUUGCACCUGGUGUUCUACUAUAAGGCAGGACCGGAGAUGGAAGAAGAUAAGCUGAAGGAGUCUUUGUCGGAUGUGCUGUCGCACUAUCCGGCGAUGGCCGGAAGGUUGGUGAGGGGGGAAAAGGAUGGGAACUGGGUGGUAAAAUGCAAUGAUGCAGGAGUGAGGGUGGUGGAUGCUAAGGCCGGAGUGACGCUGGAGAGAUGGCUGGAGACGGCGACGGCGGAGGAGGAGAUGGACCUGGCGCACUGGGAGCCCAUGGUUGAAAAUACUUCUAUUUGGUCUCCUUUUUAUAUUCAGAUAACUGAAUUUGAAGACAAGGCAUACGCAAUAGGACUAAGCUGCCCACACAUGCAUGCUGAUCCAACGUGCGCCAUGCUCUUCAUCAAGGCCUGGUCCGACGCUCACCGCCAUGCAUGCAUCAUCAACCCUCCUUUCUUCCAUCCUCCCGGCCUCCGUUCCCGUCCUCUACCCAACCCUUCUUCCCCUCUCCUCUCCUCCAAAUCCAAUUCCAUUUCCCAUUCCUCCUCCUCCUCCUCGUCCUCCUCCUCUUCCAAUAAUAUCUCCUCAGCCACCUUUCUCUUCUCCGACUCCUCUCUCAAAUCCCUCCUCUCCGAUCACCACCUCACUUUAUCCCCACAACUCACUCCCUUCUCCAUCCUUGCUGCCCUUUUCUUGUCCCGCAUUGCCACCGGAAACACAUUCACUGUUUGCACUGACUUCAGGAAACGCAUGCACGCGCCGCUGCCGCAUGGCUUCUACGGCAACGCCAUGCAUUUCUCGUCGGUGACGGCAGAGCUGGAAGCCGGUGUGGGGAACGUGGCGGAGAGGAUAGCAGCUCACGUGGCCGGGUUGGAGGAGGAGGAGUAUUGGUCGGCGAUCGAGUGGGUGGAGGAGGAGAUGAUGAUGAUGAAGAAGAAGAAGAAGGUUGAGUUUCCGGUGUACGGCCCUGAGCUCACGUGUGUGAACUUGGAGCACGUGUUUGGAUAUGGUGCUGUGUUUGAUGAAGGAGAGAAGGGGAAGCCGGUGCACAUGAGUUGCCGGAUUGGUGGGGUGGUUGGGGAGGGGGUGGUGGUGGUGUUGCCGACGCCGGAGGAGGGGAUGGGACGGACGGUGGUGAUUAGUUUGAGGGAGGAUCUGACGGAGAGGAUUUGUAGGGAUGAGGUCAUUGCUAAGUAUGAACCAGUGCUUAUGUUUCAUUGAUAGAAGGGUGGUUAAUUUGGUGACUUGUGGAAUAAUGUUCUGUUUGGAAUCUUUGGAUUGAUGUUUGUCAUGCAUGGACUUGAUUUGAGUUUGAUUUUUAAUUGUUCUGAGAAAUCUAUUAUUUGAAUUUUA